ACCCAUUGUAUUAAAUGGAUCAGGAUUGAUCCGGGCGGGUUACAACUACUGUAUGAAUGUCAAUUUCUCAACAAUAGAGGCUCACUUUUGUUAUGCAUAAUCAGACGAAAGAUGGCAGCUCAAGAGGAAGUAAAACAACUGUCUGAGUGCUCAGUCUCCAAUGCUCUGGGGACAUGGGUUUUCUCUGUAGCUGGUGCAUUGCUUGCAAUUCCAGUGGGUAUAAAACGAAAAUCCUUGGCACCCCUUGUAUUCUUUGGCACAACUGGGACGAUGCUAGAUAUAAUUAUGGGUAUCAGUGCUUGUGAAAGAGAACAUGCAGAACGGCAAAUGAAGCUUUUGGAAGAAGCACAAGGAUCUGCUUCUGUUGAUACCUUGGCUGAUACUGCAACCGAACAUUGAUAGCAUUCAGGCCGUCUGGACCUUGGCUUAAGCAGUUCAUGUAGCAUUUCGAGUACUGUUUGCUGUCAGUUUACUGUUUCCUUGGCUUGUAACUUGAAUAUCGUCAUAUGCUGAAAAGAAGUCAAAUAAUGUAUGGUGUGAUUACACUUGUGAUGUGCCUUCACAACUAUUUUUUUCUUAGGAUGCUUUCUAUCAGUAACAAUGUAGAAGUCCAAAAUUACUCCAUCAUGGCCUGAUUGUUCUUAAAUUACAGGGAAAUUAUUUUCA